AUGAGGUGCUUGAUAGGUGGUGUGAGCCAGACUUCUUAUGGAGGAGUCUUGGAAGAGGGGCCGCCAGCACCAGUCACCCAGGUGUUUCUCAUCCCAGGACUUCUCUCCCUGCUCCGUCUGACAAGCAGGGUGUCAGACCCCUCAAGAAGAGUCUGUGUCAUGACAAACAAAAAGGAGAGGUGUCAUUUAGCCGGCCAGUCGGCGCAACGGGCUUUCCGUCCUAGAACCGUGGUCCAGUUUGUCCGUAACCUCGCGGAGAGGGCCCCAGUGCUGGUCAACGCUGCUGUGACUUACUUGAAGCCUCGAUUGGCCACAUUUUGGCACUAUGCCAAGGUUGGGCUGGUUCCUCCAACCCCUGCUGAGAUCCCUACAGCUAUUCACAGCUUGAAAAAAAUUAUCAAUAGCGCUCAAACUGGUAGCUUCAAACAGCUUACAGUUAAGGAAGCUCUACUGAACGGUUUGGUGGCCACUGAGGUGUGGAUGUGGUUUUAUGUUGGCGAGAUCAUAGGCAAGCAUGGCAUCAUUGACUAUAAUGUUUGA